GACAUAAAUUUUUAUUAUUCAUUAUUUUAUAUGGAUAAAUUUAUCCAUCAAAGUAAAGGGAGUCUCAUAGAAAAAUAUAGCAUAUGACUUAAAUACAAAUAUAAGCAGUAAUAUAUUUUGAAGCAGUAGGCGGCGGCGCCUGUGAGCCUCCGAAUAUGUCCGAUGUUCCAAACGAUGUUCUCCGCGAAAUACUGAUCCGGGUACCGGCAGAAUCUGUCCUCACCUCAAGGGCCGUCUGCAAAGCGUGGAAACUCACCAUCGACGAUCCCUCCUUCCUUCACUUCCACUCCACAAACCUACAACAUUGCUCUCACCCCACCAUCCUCAUCAGAGAGUCCAAAGGCGGUGGAAUCACUUUUCUUUCUCUCGACCGCCUAAACCCCAUUGAUUCCCUCCAACAAAUCGACCUACACCCCUUCAAGCAAUUAAUCCACCACGGCCUGCCCCGCUUACUCCAGCCUCCGGCGGCCUCGUGCCACGGUCUGAUCCUCAUCUCGCACCGUCGCAAUUGGAGGAAUUGGGCGAUUUGGAACCCGCUAACUCAAACCCUACACGAAUUGCCGCAGCCCGAUGCGGAUCUGCAGAGUGUGAGUGGCCGCUCCGCGAGCGUCGGAUUCGGCUACGACCCUGCUGCUGAAGACUACAAAGUGGUGAGGAUCGAUAAACUGCAUCAAGGCGGAGUGAUUACCUACGACAGAACCCUAGUAUACAGCAUGAAAUUGCGUAAUUGGAGGAGAAUUGGGGAUUUUCCCUACGUAAUCGCCUCUGCUGGGAACGGGGUUUUUCUGAAUGGAGCACUGCACUGGCAAUCACGGGAUGGGAUAGCUGCUCUCGAUCUUGGAACUGAACAAUUCAGCCUGCUGCCGCGGCCUCAUCUCAUGUCUCCGUCUCCGGCGAGAUAUACUUCCGAGCUCUUGGAUGCGUUGAAUGGAUACUUGUUUUUGAGUUACUAUCACGAGCAGGGGCAGGGAUUGGAUGUGUGGUUGAUGAUAGAUUACAGAGUGGGGGAUUCGUGGAUAAAGCUUUGCUCCAUUGACAUUGUUUCUGGUUUUACAGGGGGAGGGGGUCUCAGGCCUGUAGCCUAUUUGAGGAGCAGAAAGCAGGUGUUUUUGGAGCAUUGCCGCGGUGGGUUGUUUUGGCUUGAUCUUGAGAAAGAUACUGUGAAGGAAGUUUCCAUUGAAGGCCACCGUUCUGUUUCCUUUUCUCAGUUUUCUCCGGCGGGGAGCCUUCUUCGACUUGAUAAUACUGACAGUGUUGUGGUUGAGAAAAAGAGUGUAGGAAUGAAGAGGAAGAGAGAUGGAGAUUGUGGCACUGGAAGAUUGAGAUUGAAGUUUCAUGUGAGAGAUACAGGUGGAGAGACAUACUUAACUUCUUUUUAGUGAAUAGUUGGCACAUUUCGAAUUCCCUAUUGUCAGUUCAGCCUCCCCUUGUUUUCCAUGUUCAGAUAAUUAUGUCAGCAAGGCAGAAGAUAAUCUCUAUAUAGUGUAGAGCAUUCAUGUCGGUCGGCUCAUAGAGGUGACUCAAGUCAGCCCAAGCUAUAAUCGACCGAUGCAUGCUGGUGGAGCUCGAGUUGUGGCCCGAUGAGAUGAGCUUAGCUCAUCGCUUUUUGAAGGCAGGCGCGUGUUACUGAAUAAAAGAAAAUGUUAUUUAUUUUGAAUUUCGAUGGCUAUACGCUGAUUUUUUUUUUUCUUUCCCAACGGCUAUUUAGCCUUUAAUUUUUUUCUUUCUUGACGGCAUAAUUGCCUUCUUCUCUUUUUUUUUUUUUUGUAAUUUCAUCGAACAUGACACCGAGCAACUGGAAUUUCGUCGACAACGGGUGGCGACAAUUCUAGCGAGGCAAAGAUGUUAAAAUUAAUCCAGUUUUAAGUUUAUGUAAUUUUAAA